UCGUAGAAGAAAGGCGGGACUUCCGCUUACGCGACGCAAAUCUCACUGGCACUCUCCGAAGCCCCACCUUUUGUGUUUCCCGCACCGUCAAUCAAAAAAUAAGAAAAAAAUCGACCCGAAUCUCCGAUCACAACCCGCCUUUGAUUAAAACAAUCAUGUUUGGAGUUUAAAUGAACAGAUAAAGCGCCGAUUUUUUACAUUUUCACGCUAUGACUGGUACGUAACACUUUGCCCGAUCGAAGCACAGCGCCGCCGCCCCAGAACAGCCAGCGAAACAGCAGGAAAUGGCUGCCUUGGACGUGGACAGCAGUCAGAGCGACUUUCUGCAGCCCCCCGGCGGCGCCCAGGACCAGAACACAGACCUCACGGGCAUCCAGCUGACGGGCUCAUCGGAUCGCUGGGAAGUUCUGACGCCCGUGAGCUCGGGUAAAGACGAGAUGGCGGUGGUGCAGGUAUCCAGCGGAGGACUUCUUAGCAGCAACGGGCAAUACGUGGUGCCACUACAGACUAUGGCAGGGCAGACCCAGCCUGUUUUUGUUACAGCAGGGGUAGAUGGCACCGGUGCCAACGGGGUGCAGUACCAGGUUAUCCCCCAGCUCCAGGGGACGGACGGGGCGUCAUUAAGCUAUGCAGCCACAACGGGCGGAGCCACGCUGGGCACAGACAUCGCCAUCCUUCCAGACGGAACUCAAGGAAUCACUACGGCCAACAGCGCCAACGACCUCCAGGGCCUGCUAAGUCAAACUGGGCAUGUACAGCAUAUUUCCACCGUCUCGUUGGCCGGCUCUGGGUUCGGCGCACAGGGCCAGGUCGUCGCCAACAUGGGUCUGCCGGGCAAUAUCACAUUAGUGCCGAUAAACAGCUUGAGUAACAUGGAUCUCGAGUCUUUGGGGUUGGCUGGUGCUCAGACCAUAGCCACGAGCAUUACAGCAGACGGCCAGCUCAUCAUGACCGGUCCCGCCUCCGCGACAAGCGAGAACCAUGGUGAAAGCUCGGGCGGAAAAUGCACGGAGCCGCUUAACGCCAACAAUGCUAACGCCUUUGUGCCAACCAACACCUCUUCCACAACGACGUCUCUGCCAGAGACGAUAGAUGGCACCGGGGUUCUCACGCAAGCUACCGCCGUGUCGGCCGGUCAGCAUGAUCCGUCAUAUAUCCAGCAGAACCACAACGCCGGCGGCGAGCAGGUGGUGCAGAUUUUACCGGCGCAGGCGGCCGACGGUACGGCGCAGACACUACAAAGCGUGCAGCUGUUGAACGCUGGUACCUUUCUGAUCCAAGCGCAAACCGUCUCUCCCACCGGGCAGAUCCAGUGGCAGACCUUCCAGGUUCAGGGAGUCCAAAACCUGCAGAAUCUGCAGCUGCAGGGUGCCGGCGGUGUCUCGUCCUCUCAGAUAACCCUCGCCCCUGUGCAGACCCUUUCUCUCGGCCAGUCUGGGGCCACGGGUCAGAUCCCUAACCUUCAGACAGUCACGGUCAACUCUCUUGGUCAGUACCAGCAAGAAGAGAACACAGAAGGCCAUUCAGACCAUAGACCCUUCUCUCAUUUUGCAGAUAUCCAAAUCAAAGAAGAACCGGAGUCAGACGACUGGUCUAAUUCCACCCUGAACACCAGUGAUUUGUCACAUCUUCACGUGCGGAUGGUCGAUGAUGAUAUGGAGGGGGCGGGGCAAGAGGGAAAGAGGCUUCGAAGGGUGGCCUGCACUUGCCCUAACUGCAAAGAGGCUGGAGGAAGAGGUUCGGGUACGGGGAAGAAGAAACAACACAUUUGUCACAUCCCAGGUUGCGGUAAGGUGUACGGCAAGACGUCUCAUCUCCGAGCUCACCUCCGCUGGCACUCAGGAGAGAGACCCUUCAUUUGCUCAUGGAGCUACUGUGGAAAGAGAUUCACCCGCAGCGAUGAGCUCCAGCGUCACCGCAGAACACACACAGGAGAGAAGAAGUUUGUGUGUCCGGAAUGCUCCAAACGUUUCAUGCGCAGCGACCAUUUGGCCAAACACAUUAAAACUCACCAGAACAAAAAAGGGCUAAACUCCAACGCUGGGGCGGGUCAGAUGGAAGCGACGGCCGCCCCCUCGGACACCAUCAUCACGGGGGGCGGAGCCACUCUCAUCCUGACCAAUCUGCAGCAGGCCGGCAACCAGGACCUCCUUUCAAACUCCGACCUCCCGCUCCAGCUGGUCACUGUGUCUGCCAGUGAAGUUAUGGAGUGACCAAACCCUGCCCACUUUCACAGCUCGUCUGCUUUUCACUAUCAAUUUUUAUAUAUAUGAUAAAUAUAUAUAUAUAUAUAUAUUAUAAAUAUAUAUAUUUUAAAAAUGACUUAUCCAUUUAUGUCCGAUAGCAGUCUUUUGUACAAACAACAAGGCAAAAAAACCCCAAGACAUUAAGAGUGGUUCCAGUUGCAUACACGUACACGCAAGCAUCUACGUGCUCAUAUGAACUCUGUCUUGUACACGUGAAAAGACGUACACGGAAAUGCCUUAUUUUGUAUCAUAAUCUGUAGUAUACGAUGCUGGAGUUGCAUGUGUUUUUACUUUUGCUCACGUAUAUGUUCAGGGGACGAUAGUUUGAGAGUGCGUGAUUGCCCAUGGAUGUUAUGGUACCCAGAAUGUGCUGGAGUGAGUGGAGUGAUGUCUGCUGUGAGGGAAACCUGCUCAUGAUUUGUCCAUUUUUAUCCUCUCUUCCCUCUCAGCUGGCCUUCGUCCGAACGUGUCUUCACUCUUUGAUUCGAUUUGUUUUAUCAUUGGAUGUCAUGUUAGCGCUCUUGGUCUUGUCCUCCGGAUCACGUCUGAUGGCGGCGAAUUCAAACAAUCGUGUAAUAAACGUACUUUUCUCGUAUCGUUCUUCUUGCUCUUCAGAUUAUACCGAACAUAACAUUCAUAAUGUCUCUUCCGUUUUCUUUGUUUUCUUCAGCCCCAAGCUGUUUAUAGCCACAGUUUAUGUAGUCUAAUAUUGAUUGUGUUGUAUGAAAGACUUCUCAUUUUGAUUACUUUUUAAACGUGUAAAAUUUGAUGUUACUUUUGUACAACUUUUUUCUUUAAAUGGAACACGAUUAAAGUCGGAAACCUUCCUAUGACUAUUCGUAACCAAAUGUUUGUAUUCAGUUUUUCCUCUUGAUGUGUGUGCCAGUGAUGCCUCAGAACUGUGCCUGUGUUUGAAGUGACAGACGGCAAUAACAAAAGCACACUUUCUGCCGAGUAGAGUUUUCAGUGUGCUUUGAUAACAUAUACAUGGGUGCCUUUGGGUACCACAAAGCAAUGUAGUUUAAUACUGUGUGUGUUUAAAAUACAGAUAAAAAAGUAACGGUA